UCACAGUGCUCCAGGGAAUGUUUGCUUUUUGAAAUACCUUUCCUUUUCUGUGUGCUAGCUCUUAGAAACUGAUGACUUGAGGAUUGUCAGCUUGAGACAUGGCACAGACAAAUGCAUUAAGUGGUACUGAACAUGCCUCGCAGCCCGACCUCAAGUGAAGAUGAUAUGGCUCAGAGUUUUUCGGAUUAUUCAGUGGAAUCUGAAUCAGACAGCUCCAAAGAAGAAACCAUUUAUGAUACUAUUAGAGCUACAGCAGAGAAACCAAGUAGCAGGAUGGAUGACGCUCAGAGUAACACAUUAGUGAUACGAAUAAUAAUUCCUGAUUUACAGCAAACGAAAUGUAUUAGAUUUAACUCUGAAGCUUCAGUGUGGGUAGCAAAGCAGAGAAUUCUCUGCACAUUGAAUCAGAGUUUGAAAGAUGUCCUCAAUUAUGGCUUAUUCCAGCCUGCUAACAAUGGGAGAGAUGGGAAGUUUUUGGAUGAGGAACGACUUCUUAUGGAAUAUCCACAACCAGGAAAUAAGGGUGUUCCAUCCUUGGAGUUUAGAUACAAGAAAAGAGUGUAUAAGCCAUUUAAUCUUGAUGAGAAGCAGCUAGCCAAGCUACAUACCAAGGCUAAUCUGAGAAAAUUUAUGGACCAUGUUCACCAUCUCUCUGUUGAAAAAAUAACAAAGAUGCUGGACCGAGGACUUGAUCCUAACUAUCAUGACUUAGAAAGUGGAGAAACCCCACUAACCUUGGCUGCUCAGCUUGGCAAUGCUGUUGAAGUGAUAAAAACUCUAAAAAAUGGAGGUGCUCAUUUAGAUUACAGAGCCAAAGAUGGCAUGACAGCAUUACACAAGGCAGCCAGAGCCAAGAACCAAGUAACCCUGAAGACCUUGUUAGAGCUUGGAGCAUCUCCAAACUACAAAGACAGCUGUGGUCUGACACCAUUGUAUCAUACAGCAGUUGUUGGGGGAGAUCCUUACUGUUGUGAGUUGUUACUUCAUGAACAUGCUAUUGUUGGAUGCAAAGAUGAAAAUGGAUGGCAAGAAAUUCACCAGGCAUGUCGAUAUGGCCAUGUCCAGCAUUUAGAACAUUUUCUAUUUUAUGGGGCGGAUAUGGGAGCGCAGAAUGCCUCUGGAAAUACAGCAUUACAUAUAUGUGCACUUUACAACCAGGACAGCUGUACAAGAGUUUUGUUGUUGCGGGGAGCCAAUAAGGAAUUAAAGAACUAUAACAGUCAAUCUCCUUUUCAGGUGGCAAUAAUUGCCGGAAAUUUUGAACUUGCCGAAUAUAUCAAGAAUCACAAGGAAACAGAUAUUGUGCCAUUUAGAGAAGCUCCUACCUACUCAAAUAGAAGACGGAGGCCCCAGAGCACCCUGAGAGCACCUCGUGUCUUGCUACGAUCCAAUAGUGAUAAUAACCUCAACGUCAAUAUACCUGACUGGUCAGCCUCCUCUUUAGCUUCUUCACACCGUAGCCUUUCGCCUCACCUACUCCAACAGAUGCAGAAUAAUCCCAAUGGAACUGUGAAAACUGUUGGGAGCUAUACUUCAUCCUCUCGGAGCCGCUCGCCAUCAUUAAACAGACUAGGAGAGGAUGCCAAGCGGCAGCAACCCCGGCACGUCAGUGCCAGUUACAACCCCAGUGCCAACAAGGAUACUAUAUCUGCCUUGGAUUAUCAGGGUCCCAAACGCAAACUUUAUAGUGCUGUACCUGGAAGACUAUUUAUUGUCGUGAAGCCAUAUCAACCUCAAGGAGAAGGGGAGAUUCAUUUGCACAAAGGGGACAGAAUAAAAGUUUUAAGCAUUGGCGAAGGUGGAUUCUGGGAAGGCAGCACUCGAGGACAUGUUGGAUGGUUUCCUGCAGAAUGUAUUGAAGAAGUGCAAUGUAAACCAAAUGAAAGCAAGCCAGAAACUCGAGCAGAUAGAACAAAGAAAUUGUUUAGACACUAUACUGUUGGAUCAUAUGACAGCCUUGAUGCUUCAAGUGACUGCAUUAUAGAAGAAAAGGCAGUGGUCCUGCAGAAAAAAGACAAUGAAGGAUUUGGGUUUGUGCUCAGAGGGGCCAAAGCUGAUACGCCCAUUGAAGAAUUCACCCCAACUCCAGCCUUUCCUGCUUUGCAGUACCUGGAAUCAGUGGAUGAAGGCGGGGUAGCAUGGCAAGCUGGCUUGAGAACUGGAGACUUUUUGAUUGAGGUUAAUAAUGAAAAUGUAGUAAAAGUUGGACACAGACAGGUAGUGAACAUGAUUCGGCAAGGAGGCAAUCACUUAGUUCUUAAAGUUGUCACAGUAACCAGGAAUCUCGAUCCAGAUGAUACAGCCAGAAAGAAAGCCCCACCACCUCCAAAACGGGCUCCAACCACUGCACUGACCUUGCGGUCUAAGUCAAUGACCUCAGAGCUUGAAGAGCUUGAUAAAGUAGAUGAAAUAGUACCAGUUUCCAAGCCAUCAAGAAUUCCAGACAAUGCAGCUAUGGACUCAAGAGUGGCAACCAUUAAACAGCGACCUUCUAGUAGAUGCUUUCCCCCUGCUACAGAUAUGAAUUCAAUAUAUGAAAGACAAGGGAUUGCUGUGAUGCCACCAACAGUACCGGGGAGCCUUCAAGGCCCAUUUCUGGGUGUUCCUCGAGGUACAGUGAGAAGACAAAAAUCAAUAGGUAUAACAGAGGAAGAACGGCAAUUUUUGGCUCCUCCCAUGCUGAAAUUUACUAGAAGUCUAUCUAUGCCAGAUACCUCUGAAGAUAUCCCUCCACCACCACAGUCUUUACCUCCAUCACCACCACCUCCUUCUCCCUCACUUUACAACUCCCCCAAAUCUCCAGUGUCUAGAAUCUAUGGAACAAUAAAGCCUGCAUUCAGUCAGAAUUCAGGUGCAAAGGUAGCUGUUUCAGGUAGAUCUGAAAAUAUGGGAACGGCAAUAAGGGACAAAGGGAUAUAUUACCGAAGAGAACUGGACCGCUAUUCUCUAGAUUCUGAAGACUUAUAUAGCAGAAAUGCCGCAACUCAGGCAAGCUUCAGAAACAAGAGAGGUCAGAUGCCAGAAAACCCAUACUCUGAAGUUGGAAAAAUAGCAAACAAAGCAGUUUAUGUCCCUGCCAAACCAGCAAGACGAAAGGGAAUGCUAGUUAAACAGUCUAACGUUGAGGAUAGCCCAGAAAAAACUUGCUCUAUUCCAAUUCCAACCAUCAUUGUUAAAGAGCCAUCUACCAGUAGUAGUGGGAAAAGUAGCCAAGGGAGCAGCAUGGAAAUUGACCCACAGUCUUCAGAACAACCAGGGCAGCUCAGACCUGAAGAUAACUUAACUGUCAGUAGUCCAUUUGCAGCAGCUAUUGCUGGGGCAGUAAGGGACAGGGAGAAAAGAUUAGAAGCCAGGCGUAACUCUCCAGCUUUCCUUUCCACGGAUCUUGGAGAUGAAGAUGUUGGGCUAACACCUCCAACACCACGUAUGAGACAAUCUAAGUUUACUGAUGAAGGAAUGUUUAGUAAUGAAGACAACUUUAGGCAAUUUGUAUCACCAUCUCCCAUACCAGCACCUAGAGAGUCUGAAAAUAUUUGUAAUAGUAAUGAACUGAGUAAUCAAAGUGAUGCAAGGAUGCCAAACUCUUCUGCCCCAACAACAGUAGCUUCAGAAAACAAUGUGCUGGCAACUCAGAAUGCUGGUAUGUCCAGUUUGGAUAACUAUGUUCAUCCACUUACAGGAAAAUUACUGGAUCCAAAUUCACCUUUAGCCCUUGCCCUUUCUGCCAGAGAUAGAGCCAUGAAAGAGCAAACCCAACAAAUUCCUGGGAAAGGAGAAUCUGGUAAAGCGGACCUUAACAAACCUCUUUAUAUAGAUACAAAGAUGAGGUCCAAUACUGAAACCGCUUUUCCAGUAACAGCUACAAUCGCCAGGCAAAAUACGCGUGGUCCACUAAGGAGGCAGGAAACAGAAAACAAAUAUGAAAUAGAUAUGGUGAAAGAGAGGAGGCCUGAAGAAAAGAAGAAUAUGCUGAUAAAUAUUGUUGAUACCUCACAACAGAAGUCAGCUGGCUUGCUCAUGGUUCAUACAGUAGACACAGCCCAGCCCAAUGAUACCACUGAAAAUGAAGAGGAAAGAGUUGAGAUUGAUGUGAAUAUUGAACAGCCUCCUCCAGAUGCACAGCAAAAUACAGAUACAGCAGAAAGUAGACUAGAUGAUGCUGGCAUGUCAGAGCAACCUGCCUCUCCCUGCAAGACUAUUGUAGCAGUUGGCUCUGUAGAUGAUCCUAUCAUUUUGCCUUUUCGUAUCCCUCCACCCCCUUUAGCAUCAGUUGAUCUUGAUGAAGAUUUUAUCUUUACUGAGCCAUUACCACCUCCUUUGGAAUUUGCUAACAGUUUUGAUAUCCCUGAUGACCGUUCAGUUCCAGGUUCUGCGCUAACAGACUUGCUCAAACAGAGAAAAAAUGGAACUCCGCCUGCUUCAUUUAACCCACUUCAAUCCACAAAUUCAAUAGAUGGUAAGAAAUCAGUGGGUCUUUCGAACUGUUUGCCUGCUUCAUUUUUACCACCCCCUGAAAAUUUUGAUAAUGUUGCCGACUCUGGGAUUGAAGAGGUGGACAGUCGAAGCAGUAGUGACCAUCACCUAGAGACAACCAGCACUAUCUCAACUGUGUCCAGCAUCUCUACCUUGUCCUCAGAAGGUGGCGAGAAUUUGGAUACUUGUACAGUCUAUGCAGAUGGGCAAACAUUUCUGGUGGACAAACCCCCAGUACCUCCUAAGCCAAAAAUGAAGCCCAUAAUCAACAAAAGCAAUGCACUUUACAAGGAUGCGCUAAUUGAAGAAACUGUAGAUAGUUUUGUUAUUCCUCCACCUGCUCCACCCCCACCUCCUAUCAGCGCACAACCUAACAUGACUAAAAUUGUACAGCAAAGGACCUCUAAGCUAUGGGGUGAUGUAACAGAGGUUAAAAGCCCAGUUCUCUCAGGCCCAAAGGCUAAUGUCAUUAGUGAAUUGAAUUCCAUACUCCAGCAAAUGAACAGAGACAAAUCCUCAAAGCCAGGGGAAGGACUGGAGUCACCUACUGGAACAAAACCUGCAAGUCUUAGUACAAGGAGCACAGAAGUCAUGAGCACUGUCUCAGGUACUCGAAGUUCAACCAUCACUUUUACUAUCCGGCCUGGAACUAGCCAACCAAUCACACUGCAGAGCAGAUCCCCAGACUAUGAUAGUAGGACAUCAGGAGCAAGAAAUGCUCCAAGCCCAGUGGUUUCACCAACCGAGAUAAGUAAAGACAUCAUACCAGCUCCUCUGACUGCUGCUGCUCCAGUUGCAUCUCCCUCUCCAACUCUUUCUGAUGUUUUUAGCCUACCCAGCCAGCCUCCUUCUGGGGACCUCUUUGCUUUGAACACAGGGCGCAGCAGGUCUCCUUCUCCCUCAAUAUUGCAACAGCCAAUCUCAAAUAAGCCUUUUACAACUAAGCCUGUCCACCUGUGGACUAAACCUGAUGUGGCAGAUUGGUUGGAAAGUUUAAACUUAGGUGAACAUAAAGAGACCUUUAUGGAUAAUGAAAUAGAUGGCACUCACUUACCAAACCUUCAGAAGGAAGACUUGAUAGACCUUGGAGUGACUAGAGUUGGUCACAGAAUGAACAUAGAAAGAGCUUUGAAACAGCUUUUGGACAGAUAAGAUUGGCUAUUCUUGCCUCACUAACUUUUGUUAUAAAUAGAGAUGGGCUGGUACUGAAACACCCCAAUUGCCUUUGCUACUCACAAGUACCACAAAGUUAAAGCAUCCAUCCCUAUAGCUUCUGGUACUUGGCAGCAUAGAGGUUAAUGCCCAGGAGAAAACCCAGAGUUACAUUAAUGGGACCAUAUACUUCAAAAGGAAGGAAGGAAGAAGGUGGGAGGAGAGAAUAAAAAUAAAGAAAACAUUUCUAACUUAGAAUUGCAUAAGUUCUUACUAUAUCACAAUUGUUAAUAACAUUCCCAUUUCUGUCAAUAAGAGGGGAGGUAUUUAUUCUUUUAUAUCCAUGAACUGUGCCCUUAAAAAUAUCUUUCUGUUGGAAUGGUUUCUUUUUGCUGUAAAAACCACAGGUGUUUUUCCUUUCUCCAGAAAGUAUUAUUAUCCAACUACCUUUUGUAGUAUCUGCACAUCCCAGCAUUCAUAGGGUUUUCAGAACAAAGACGUCAACAUUUUCUUUGUGACAGCUUUCUGACCUUGCUAUUCUAUUUCUUGUUUGUGAACAGUAAAGCUAGUUUGGGUCAUUCAGCAUAACUGUGUUCUGUCUGACUUUUAUUUUUUGUUCAUAUUUAGUGCCUUUUCAAGUUGCCAGCAUUCCUAUAUGCUUUUUUCACAUCUGAUGCAGUAGAAUGUGUGGAAGCUAUGCAGCUCAUAUCCCCAGCUGCAUAAUAAGGAAUUUGCAUUAAAAUGUUUUUAAAGAUUUCUCUCAGUUGGAGAUGUUAACAAUUAAAUGGCAGUUCUUUUAAACUUGUGUAAUUGAUCCAAAUCUCUUUGUCAAAGGGUUUUUUUUUGUGUACAGGGUUUGGAUGAUGCCCUGAACAACAUGUUUAACAAGACUUUUAUUGUGAAAUUUUCAAGCACCAUCAAAUCUCUUUCCUUCUCCCUUUCUAUAUUUAAUUCCUCUAAAGCCCAGGAUACUAGAUAAAAAGAAGCUGCCUUUAAGAUGUGAAAAGGUCAGAAUUUUAACUAUUGGCUCAAAUCCAGAGAUCCUGUCAUAAAAGUGGGAUUUGUGCACCUGCUACACCAAAUCAAUGCUGUUGUAUAACCUGUUGGACACAGAGAGGGACCUCCAAGAGUUUGUCACUAUUGAAGAGGUGAUCAGGUUCCCCAGCACCACCACCACCACCACCACCACCACUACCACCAUAUAGUGCAUCUAAGUCCAAAUCUAAAUGAGCAAAACGUGUGAAAAAAAAAUUAAAUUUUUUUUUCAUGUGUAUAUUUUGCUAGCUAAGAGUAAUCUCAUGAACUGGGACCUGGUCACAUAUGCAUCAGAAAAUACCUUCUGCAAGCACUUAAUUGGAACUGAUUCAAGGUGCUUCAAUUUAAGUCAACAUAUAUUAGGCACUUUUUUAAGUUUAACAGUUCUGCAGUUUGGUUGUUUAUUGUUAUGUGAACUAUCAUUGGAAAUGAGGAAUGGUAGAAUUUUAGGUGAAUCUGCUCAUUUUUGAAACUGAUAAACGGGAAAGGAUAAUUCACUUGAGAUAAGUAUUCAAAACUGAUUAUGUAGUUCAGAGAACAUCUUAGAAACCUCAGCUUUUUCAGCAUUAUGCAUUUUGGAUUUGAUGACAUUUUUGUAGAUUAACAGUAUUCUCUCAAUUUACCUUCUCCCCUACUGUAAAGAGUGCACAUUAAAAGUUUUGAAGUUCCUAGGUUAUUGAACCAGUUUAGCCUGUACUAGUGAAAUAGUCUGCAGCUUCUCAAACUACCACACUUUUAAUAGGCCCCAAGUUUUAGAAGGCAUCUAAUUCUUUCCUUAAUAUGUGUUCCAGCCUAUCUCUAAUUAUAAUUUUAUUUCCUCACAACCAAGUGUCUAAUUAGGUCUGCAACAGCCCUAACAUUAGUACAUGAAGAUUAGCAAUUUCAAUAUUUCUUUACUUCAAGUUUAAAUAGUUGUACAGAUAGUUUAUAAGCACAAUAUUUUAAGAAUACAAGUGGCUGGUCUACUGGGCAGCCUUUGUGCCACUUCAAUGCUAGAAAUUUAAAAAAAAUAAAAACUUUUGUGGUUUAUUACUAUUUCUGUGGAAUAAUUAUUAAGUCUUGACCUUUUUAAAAUCAACCUCAUUUGGAUGCAUCUGAACCAGCAGAGCUGUGUUAUAUUUUCUAUCUUUGCUAGAACUUCUUCAGAAGAUGAGUGUUUCUUCAAACAUGGUUACAAUUAACAAUGCAGUGGUUAAUUAUAAAAACGAAUAUUCAUGUUUCUCUCUUUUCUCCCCUCCCCCUAUUCUGCAAAAACUGGUCUUUUGACUUAACAUCUGUUGUUGUACUCUUCACAGGUUUCUAUUUACAUUUGAAACUUCCUAGUAACCUUGUAAUUAAAAUCUAGCUUAAAUGCAAAAGUAUUCAAAUUUCCAUAAUUACCUGGGUUUUUAUGUGUAGGACAACAUUGAAAUAUUCAGUGGCUACAAAAAGCCAUCAAAUAUUUUGGAAAAAAUAUAAAAAAGAAAAAAAAAGAAUUCAGCCAUCGUUGUCUUCCAUUUGGUGAUAUUGCAGAAUUCAGUAAAGAAACCAUAAUCGCCAUGCUCCUUUUUGUUUCUUUGAAUGCAGUUGGUGUUACCUCUAUAAUAUGUGCCAGGAAAUUAAAAAAUGAUUGUGAAAGAAAAUGGGGGGGGGGUGUUACUUUUAAGCUGCUGUUAAUCUUAACCUUUUACUGUUUAAAAUUUAUGAUGAUAUAUACAGAAGUUACAGGUGACGGUUAAUCCCUUUCUUAAAAGGGGUCUCUCCUGCAUAUGUAUCUUUUUCAGGCACUUAAAUAGUAGGUACAAUAUAAUGAGUAGAAAAGAGAUUUAAACAUCAAAGAGCUAAUGAAAUAGUUUAUUUUUACAUUGUGUCUUAUUGAUCUUAAGAGUAACGGGGCCUGUGAGGAACUGCUUUUAUCAAUAAAAUACACCUUUGCCAAGAUGAAGUAGUCUUUAGCGCUGUUUGAUGGUUUGAUCACAGAAAGCAAUAGAAAUGGAUGCAGGGUUGCCUCCUAGCAUUAUUACCCACUUUGAAAAUGUUGGGGGCAGGAAUGGCCCUUUAAAUCUCCUGCUACUAUGAUGGUGCAAAAUAAGGUGUUAGAGAUAAUCUUGUAAUGAUAUUCCAGGUUUAGGAACAAAUUUUGUUUAUAUACUGUAAUUUAAAUAAAUUGCAUUUACAUGCCUAGUUUCUGUAAUAUUUGUGUAUACAAUACCAAAAUCACACAAGAUGUAAAUUGUGUAUAACUGCACAGACUCCUUUCUUUAGGAGUCUGGGAACAUUUAAGUUUUAAUUCAUAUAUUAUACAAUGACUAUAUGUGACUGUUGAUUUUCAAAAUUUACAUAUCACAAAAGCUAGUUAUUUGUGGUACUUAAGUUAAUAAAAACGGUGAUUUUCUGCGUUUCUUUACAAACAAGCAUUACCCAGUUGAUCUGGCAAUGACUCUGUGUAUGAGCCUCUAAUACUAAUAAUUUUCCCAUUACAUUUUUUUCCGUUUUCUAGAUAGAAAUGUUUUCUGCUAUGGUUUGUGUAACAACUUGUGUUCACGUUAUCUAUGUUGCUGUAAUUUUUGUGCUUUAAUUCCUCUUAUUUCAAAUUGAUUUUUAAAAAAUCAAGCUCUUGUAACUUGCACUUUCCCUAAUCCUUAAUACUCUUGUAUGGCAACCAAAAUUACUGUAAGAAAUAAAUAUCAUAUUGCACUAAGGUUGUGGUUCUGAUUCCAAAACAGUAUAAACAGUCUCAAUCCUUUGUUUUUAAAAAGAGUUGCCAAACUUGCUAUAUAAUAGUAUGAAACAGUUUUAAAUGCUUUAACUGCACCUACCCAGAUGAAUAGUUUUGCAUCUAACUGCUAGACUCAGAGCAAAAGCACAUUGGAUUUAUUGUUCUAAAUUUCUUAUUUUAUCAUUGUGGGAAAUUUAAGAUAUAUUGUGAUAACAUUGAUUUAAGGUGGGCUGAUUUGAUUUCUCAGAGGGCUAUUUUAUUAAGCAUUUUUCUAAGGGUGAGGGUUUUGUGUACUGAGCUUCCUAAAAGGGUGUUAAUUGCCAUUCUAGAUAUUAAAUGUUUACUCUGAUGAACUGUUAAAAUGUUGUUGGAGGAGAAUGCACAUGACAAAGGAUAAACAAGGGCCUAUCCCAGAGAUCCUCAUGUGUAUCACCAAAUUGCACACAACAAUCUCUGGCACCAGAUGAUUGUUGCCUCUGGCAGUGCUGAUCAUUUGCUGGAAAAAAAGGGGGUUGCUUGCCUAUUUGAUGAAAGACGGAUAAAGACCAGUGUCUUGACAGAGUAUAGGCAGGAGCAUAAUGCACUCUCACAGAGCAGGAUGAGGGGCUGUUCCCACUCUCCACUCAGUAAUAUUUUGUAUAUUUGUGUCCACAUCCAAAUUAGGAAUAAGUAGACAGAAUACAUGUUUACAGAUACUAAGAAUGGAUGCAGGGAAGGCAAACACCAUUAUCAGAGUUACAGUUUUAGCUAAUAUAAGUCUGACAUUAGAGAUCAUUGAUACUUACAAAUGGGUUUCAUUUUCUUUUCCAUUGAGAAAAACAUUGUUGAAUAUUGUAUAUUAUUAGUUGAUUCAUCCAUAAUACUUAUUCUUCAGUGGAUCGGUUAAAAAAAUUAUGUUUCACAUUCCACAAUGAAUAACUUGAUUUAUUUGGGGACUUAUUUUUGAUUCCAUGCCUAUUUUUGUGAUAAGGCCCUUGUUUCUAAUAUUUAAGAAACUCGCAGUGCAAUUUUAUGCAGAUUUGCUCCAGUCCAUGCCCAUUUAAUUCUCCAUAGGAUUGUAUUCUCAGUAAUUUUGUUAUCUUCAAGUACCUGGAAAAAAUGUAAUAUUUUAACAAACAAAUAUGGGUAUCUUAUAGCUAUAUUUUGCCAUACUUGCAAACAUAUUAAAAGAGGGAUUUUUAAAGGGUGAUGGGCAUCCACCAUGCUUCAAAACUUCUAUAGCUAGGUUGUAUUCAAUUGUAGUAACUUAACCAGUUUCUUGAAUAAACAAGCUUUAACAAAAUUUGUUUAAACAUAUUGUACUGGUAGUUCCUUCCCCAUCCCCAACUUGUCAAUUUGAUGUUGACUGCAUCAACAGGUAUAGUACUCAAGAAGAAUACCAGCAUCGAACAGUAAGUCAUACACUGAAUUGGCGCAGCAGAGCACAGUAAUGUACAAGAAGGAAAAUACGUGCAUUGGAUGCAUUGAACAAACCUGAUGUAUAUAAAUUAUGUUGUAACAAAAUGAUGUACUUUUAAUGAAAAGGAUCAUUUCAACAUCAAUGUAAUGUAGUUACAGUGCCUUGUUUUCUGAACCAAGAACUCCAUCAGUGCACAGCUAAGAGAAGUAUUAAAGCACUAAAUGAUGAAAAAAAUUAAAUAUUUUGCAGUCUUCACUCAAUACAUCUAUGACUUGACUAGUCACUGAAGCAAAAUAAAGAAAUUUAAAUAAAAUUGUGUUUCAG